AUGGAUUCAGAAACUCCUUUCAUUGCACUAGCACCACCUGUCUUCGAAGGUGAAGGCUAUCAGAUCUGGGCAGCAAGAAUGGAGGCACAUAUGGAGGCAAAUGACCUCUGGGAAGCUGUUGAGGAGGACUACGAAGUUCCUCCCUUGCCUGCAAACCCCACCAUGGCGCAGAUAAAGAAUCAAAAGGAGAAGAAAACAAGAAAAUCAAAGGCUAGAGCGACGUUAUUUGCUGCAGUCUCAUCUGAAAUCUUUGUCAGGAUUAUGACAAUGAAAUCAGCAUUUGAGGUAUGGAAUUUCCUAAAGAAGGAAUAUGAAGGAGAUGAACGGAUCAAAGGAAUGCGUGUUCUCAACCUAAUCAGAGAAUUUGAACUUCAAAAGAUGAAGGAUUCAGAGACAAUCAGAGAGUAUUCUGAUAGAUUACUCAGCAUUGCCAACAAUGUAAGAUUACUUGGCUCUGAAUUUCCUGAUUCUAGAUUGGUUCAAAAAAUUCUCGUAACAGUCCCUGAAAGGUUUGAAGCAACCAUUUCCUCGCUGGAAAAUUCCAAGGAUCUGUCAAAAGUUAGUUUGGCAGAACUAUUGAAUUCUUUGCAGGCACCAGAACAGAGAAGGCUUAUGAGGUCUGAAGGAUCUGUCGAGGGUGCACUACCUGCAAAAGUUCAGUCAAACCAGGGAGACAAAGGAACGAAAAAGUGGAACAAGAAGGAAAACUCAGGUUUUAAUUCUCCUAGGUUCAAUAGGGGAACAAAACAUGAUUUUCCUCCUUGCAAGAAUUGUGGAAAGAAGGGUCAUCCACCAUUCAAAUGUUGGAGAAGACCAGAUCAGCAGUGUGAAAAAUGUCAGAAGAUGGGACAUCAUCAAAAGAUUUGCAAGAACGACACUCAGCAAAAUAAUGCUGCAGAGGUUGCAAAUUAG